AUGACAGAACCCAGCAACCGAAAGGAAGGAUUUAAAAAAUGCAGGAGUGCCACUUUCAGCAUUGAUGGCUACAGCUUUACCAUUGUUGCAAAUGAAACAGGAGACAAGAAUGCUCAUCCUCUGUCGCGGUUUGCACGAUCAAAAUCUCAGAAUUACCUGUGGAAUACCAUUAUUGGUGGGCUUACAGGAAACAUCAAGGAGAAACAGAAACCAAUGAUCGUCCAUGAUCCAAGGCCUCCUGAGGAAAUAUUAGCAGAUGAGCUGCCCCCAGUGGAAAGUCCAGAAGCAUUAGUGAAAACUUCAUUCAGAUUACGAUCUUUGGUAAAACAACUGGAAAGAGGAGAGGCUUCUGUUGUUGAUCUAAAAAAGAACCUAGAAUAUGCUGCUACUGUGUUGGAAUCUGUAUAUAUUGAUGAUACUAGGCACCUCUUGGACACAGAAGAUGAGCUUAGUGAUAUUGAGUCUGACUCGGUGCCUUCAGAGGUACGGGACUGGCUGGCUUCUACUUUCACCCGACAGAUGGGUAUGAUGCUAAGAAGAAGUGAAGAAAAGCCGCGAUUCAGAACCAUUGUUCAUGCAGUUCAAGCUGGAAUAUUUGUUGAGAGAAUGUACAGACGUACAUCCAAUGUGGUUGGACUUAGCUAUCCCCCAGCUGUAAUCACAGCACUAAAGAAUGUUGACAAGUGGUCGUUUGAUGUAUUUACAUUAAAUGAUGCUAGUGGGGAUCAUGCACUAAAAUUUAUUUUCUAUGAACUGCUCACACGCUAUGAUUUGAUCAGCCGUUUCAAGAUUCCAAUUUCUGCUCUUGUCUCCUUUGUGGAAGCUCUGGAAGUUGGCUAUAGCAAGUAUAAAAAUCCAUACCACAAUCUAAUGCAUGCAGCAGAUGUCACACAGACUGUUCAUUACCUUCUUUUUAAGACAGGUGUAGCACACUGGUUGACAGAACUGGAAAUCUUUGCUAUGAUUUUUGCAGCUGCUAUCCAUGACUACGAGCACAGUGGAACUACAAACAACUUUCAUAUUCAAACACGGUCAGAUACUGCCAUUUUAUACAAUGAUCGGUCUGUGUUAGAAAAUCAUCACCUCAGUGCAGCAUUUCGACUUUUGCAAGAUGAUGAGGAGAUGAACAUUUUAUCUAACCUUUCUAGAGAAGAUUGGAGAGAAUUCAGGACUCUAGUGAUUGAGAUGGUGCUGGCUACAGAUAUGUCCUCUCAUUUUCAGCAAAUCAAAGCCAUGAAGAAUGCAUUGCAGCAAUCAGAAGGAAUUGACAAACCAAAAGCCUUAUCCUUGAUGUUGCACACAGCUGACAUCAGUCAUCCUGCCAAGGCAUGGAACCUCCAUCAUCGCUGGACCAUGUCACUCUUAGAAGAAUUUUUCAGACAGGGUGACAAAGAAGCAAAACUAGGCCUUCCCUUUUCCCCCUUGUGUGAUCGUAAAUCCACUAUGGUCCCUCAGUCUCAAAUAGGCUUUAUUGAUUUUAUUGUGGAACCUACUUUCACUGUGCUGACUGAUAUGACUGAGAAGAUUGUAACACCUCUCAUAGAGGAAGCCUCUAACUCUGGUAUGACAGGAUUUAGGCGAUCCAGUCUGAAUAGCCUUAGCCCCUCAGAAGUGAAAAGAUCAAGUGUCAAGAGCACUGGGUCAGAAGGAAGUGCCUCAUUCAACUCUUCCAUCCUCACUGUGGACUUCAAAUGUUUUAAAGCCACCUGGACAGAAGUAGUGCAACAAAACCGAGAAAAGUGGAAAGCCCAAGCAAUCAAAGAAGAAAAAGAAAAGAAAGAAGCAGAGGAGAAUUCUCAAAAGGGUACAGAUGACAAGAAAACAGAAGGAAAUGAAGGAAAAAAGACAGCUGAGGUUAACAUUUUUACCAAGUCAGAGAAAAGUAAACAAGGGAAUAAAGAGAGUUUCUCAGGAGAUGGUAAGAGCACUGAAAUCAAUAAAAGUAACCUAAAUGGGAGUCGCCCAACUGGCAGUAACAAACAUGGAACUUCUCAAGGAAAAAAUGUAACUGAGAUGGAAAAGGGAAGUGAGUCAAAACCAACAGGAGGAGAGUCAAAACAGCAUCUACAGAAGGGUUCAAAACAAUUUAUGAAACUGCCAUCUGUUCCUAAUUGCACAGAUCAGCUAACUUUGCCAGUUAUCAAACUUUCAAUACAUCAGUCCAAGAAAUCUAAUUUUGCCUCUGCAAAUACUACCUUCCCACCUUUCCACAAGAAAACUGAGGACUACUUGGUGAAAUACAAACUGCUUGACCAGAGGGGCAGAAUGAAGAAAAUUCAGCAUAUCUCUGAGCAUUGGAAUAGGAAGUAGGCCAAGUUUCUACUUAUUAAUGGACACUUUGAAAGAUACAGAUUAUUCAGACAACAAGCUAUUAUACAAUUAAACAAAUAUAAUGGAAGCAUUCUGC